AUGAAGGUCACCAGCGCAUCAGCUUUCUCUCUUCUGCUUGCUCUGGCCCAAUCCGCUGCCAUUGAGCGUCGCCAGCAAGGCGAUGGCCCAGGCGGAUCCGCAGAUGCGACGCAAGGCGACCUUGGUGAACGGCCACCGCCGCGGUUCCCGUUUCCUAUCACCAAGUUCCCGGUUCCGAACGAGACUGUCGUCCUUAAGGAAGCCAUGUACAUCCUUCCUGGGCAGGUCUUCGACGGAGGCAUGAAGCGUUACGAGCGUGUUGAAGGCAGCUGCAAUGAACAAGCUGGCAUGUUUGACCCCGAGGGAACGGAUGCCGACGCGGUCUUCAAUCUUCUCCCUGGCUCAACAAUCCGCAACGUCAUUAUUGGCAAACACCAGGCUGAGGGAAUCCAUGCAUUGGGCGACGCAUGGGUUGAGAAUGUGUGGUGGGAGGAUGUUUGUGAGGACGCCCUCACCUCGAAGGGCUUGAACACUCAACUGAGAGUGAUUGGUGGCGGCGCUCGCAAUGCCACUGACAAGAUCUUCCAAGACAACUCUCUUGGCGGGAAGUACAACAUCACUGGCUUCUAUGCUGAUGGAUUCGGAACCUUCUACCAAUCUUGCGGUAAUUGCCUGAACCAGUCAAAGCGGAAUGCAACCAUUCAGAACGUUAUCGCAGUCAAUGGCAACAGGAUGGGCAUCAUUAACCCUAACUACGGCGACGAGAUUCGCAUCAAGAACACUCAGCUGAAAGACUUGAAGGUGAUGGUCGACAAAGAGAUUGCAAACAACAUGCAAACCGUUCCAAUCACGGUUGGCACCGGCCCAGAUCAGAAGUACGCCCUGUACAACGAGACGAGAGACGCCAUCACCGAGUGGGAGGGAAUUGUGGAGAACGCAUACGAGCCCGAGGAGCCAUAUGAUUCCUCGAUCCUCUCUGGAGACCGAAUCUCGUUGCCGGGACCCGGAAGCCCGACUGCCCCGGCCCCGAGUGACCCACUGAAUCCGAUACCCACCUCGCCGGCACGGCCCUCGGGCUAUCGCGACAUCGAUGGAGUUGGAUGUCAUACGAAGCCAACAGAGAACAGGAGAAAAUGGGAAAGGUCUCAGUUGGCUCUUAUCAUUUCUGUCGGGGAGAUGGUCAUUCAACCACCUUUCAUGCGUGCCGACUUCCGGUGCAAUCCGGAAACCAUGCAUGUUCUCCCCUGCAACCACGUUGUUGGUCUUUUCCGGAUGGGUAUUGAGUUGGCGCGUCACAUCCAAGCCCUGCUAGCCUCCCUUGCUCUCGGGACAACACGCUACUGUAUCGCAAUGUCUUACUCGGCCGCGAGCCUUCAAAGCAGCCCGCGUCGAUGGUCGCAUCGGUGCAUGUCCCCGCGUCAGUCUCAUGCAGGUCGCACCCGUUGGCCUCGCUUACCGUCAACGGCGAAGGAGACUGAGCAACGACGCACCUUGAUUCUUGAAGCUGUGCUGGCCGCAUGGAGCGAGACUGCAGCUGAGAAUUUGGAAGGCAAACGAAUUUGCAAUAAAUCCCUGCUGAGUUGUAAUUGUCGGAGGAGGCGCAGUAUUCAACGGGUAGCUGCAGGACUUCGUUCCCCACUAUUGAAAACGGCGUUUGGCAUCAUUGGCUACAUUCCAGAGAAACCUCUUGUUCGUCCACGGGACCGGUUGCAUCUCUUUGCACCAACAGGCCUUGGCAAUCUGCCCUGGCAAACACCAUUCUUUUUCUCCGUUGCAAGUGAGAACCGAAUUAUUGCCCCUCACGAACUUCCCUCCUCACGACAAGAGCACAUCCGCGAAAGUCUACCGGAAAACAUCAUGAGCUCGUCAAAUCCCUACAUCAGCAAUGGUACAUGCUACCACGGACCAGGAGACGAGGUGGGAGAAUGGUUUCCGUGUGGAAAUGCAGACCUUGGGUACAAGACUUGUUGCCAGGGCGGCGACAUGUGCUUGUCAAGCCAUGCUUGCUACAAUGGUCGGUUCGGAAUCACAUAUCUCGCGGGCUGUAGCGACCCAGACUAUCGAGACGCGAGUUGUCCGGAUAAAGGAGCCAUGAGUGGUCUAGUCUACUGCAACGGCACUUCAGAACAAUGGGUGGCUUGCGAACAAUCGGCGAAGCCCACGACUCUGACAUCAGCAGACGCGUGCUGGUGCCCACAAACAUCCCGAACCGUCGCCUUCACCGAUUCCUCGAUCCUCCAAAACGUUGUACAGCUUCCGACCUCACUUGGAGGAAGCGUCAUCUGGCAGCCUGGCUAUGUCCCGAUUCUUACACAGCCCAAUACAACCCCGACUCCAACUUCACCUGCCCCGACGACCGCUCAAGCUCAGCCUCCCACAACAACAGCAUCAAGCACAACAUCACAGCCGACUGCGACACAAACCUCUUCAUCAGACGAUACGGCGGGUCUGACGACAACUACCAAAGUCGGACUCGGCGUUGGUAUCGCGGGAGGGUGCCUGGUCCUCAUGGCUGCUUUGAUAUACAUAUGGUACUCCAGAAGGAAAUUGCGACAAACGGGGGCGGCAGAGAUGGAUAAUGCGACUGAAAAGGGAAAUGGGUACGAAGGCGGUAUGGCCAAGCCAUAUGAAGCGAAUUCGGCGCGGCCAGAGUCCGAAGCAACUGAGUUGGACGGCACCUCCCGGCCUUUCAAAUUCGAACCAGCGGGCUUUGGAUACAGGGGCAGUCCAAAAUUGGAACCAGAUAAAGGAUGGGCACAAUCGCCGAAGACUCCAGUGGCGGAGCUGCCUGGAUAG